AAGGAGGCUCAGAGCGUCACAAAAAGCCCCUCGUCUGGCGACCACUUUUACUCUUUUGCUUGCGUCGGGCUUCUUUUGUCCUUCAUCUUCUCAUCGUCGCCGUCGUUGCCGACUGCCCUGGUAUCUUUGCCCGGGCCUCUCUCUCUCUCUCUUUCGCUCUCCCUGCGACUCAUACGUAACCCUCGGUAUCAGUCGGCGCUGGUCAAGUUGUUCGGAGCUGCCAGAUGAUCUGUCAGGCUCAUUGAAAGACGAACUCGCAACGACUAUUAGAGACAAAUCAUUCUCCACGUCAAAGACACGCCCAAGGCCCCGAGACGAUCACACCUCACGGUUCUUUAGCUCUUAGCGCUCUUUCGGUAUAGCGUCCGCCUGUCUAUCUGUCAGUUUCCCGCCUACCGCCCAAUCGACCGAAAUUUGUCCUGUCCGCCACGUCUUUGCGCUUGCUUUUCCCACCCAAGGCUGUAAGAUAUUUACGAAUCAACCCUCCCGUUCUGUUGCCCAACACGGUCUGCUUCGCGCCUCUCAUUCGCUGCUCGGCUGCAAUUGCGACUAAGGCAAGCAACCUUAGUUGACCUUGGCCCUAAGAUACCUUACCUUGCGGGCGACGAGUGGGGCGUUCGGGAAUCAACACCACCACAACCUGGAACCUGGUCUUACCUGCGCCGCCUAAUAGUGAGCCAAGGCCAGUAAAGCUGCCAUCCGGCGCGCAAUCUAGCGGUCGCAUUACUGGCCGGCACCCUGUACGCGAGCACCCGCGCCCAAUAAUUUUCUGGAUCUGUCUGGCCUUAAACACCCAAAUCGACCCAACCUGACUGUCCAUCAUGUCGGUCGCCACAACAACAGCGACCGCCGCAUACGCGCCGACCCAUAGAAGUCUUGCCCACCCGCCGCGAACUCUUCGCAAAGCUACCAGCUUCACUAGCAACUUCGCCUCCUCCACAACCGCUUCCUCUCCCAGUCUUAAUUCCCUCUACAACACACAUUCGCGACUUACGCCCUCGCAUCAAUCGCUUCCGCGCAAAUCCUCCUUGGCUGCUCUUACUCCCAAGUCUCUCGCCUCAAUCCCCGAUGUAAGCGAGUCCUAUGCCUACAACAGCGUGCUAGCCGAGUCGCCCGAUCGCAAAAUGCCACCCGCCACGCCCGGUAGGGCCGGAACCGACUUCGUUCUCGGCGAUGUCGUUGAAGUCCCGGGCAACAUGUUGGGCACCGUCCGUUUUAUUGGUUCGGUGGAUGGGAAGAAGGGCACUUUUGCUGGUGUCGAGCUACAUCCCGAGUUCUCUCAGCGGGGCAAGAACUCGGGCGAAGUGGAAGGUGUUUCCUACUUUACUACGACUCUUCCUGGCGCAGGCAUCUUUCUCCCUCUCAACAAAGCCGUGAGACGAGACUCUCCUCCUGGCUCGUCUUCCAGCUCGUUUCCUCACACUCCCACUGCCAGCACCAUGGGCGGUCUCAAGGUCGGCACGCAGAACUCCACGAACACACCUCCGACGCCGUCGGUGCCGCUAUUCAGCAAAUCUGUUGGCCCUGGCAUUGCCCCCGGCCGAUCAGUCAGUCCUCAGCUGAAGAAGUCGAUGAGCAGGCCCUCUGUACGCCCAGAGUCACCUGUACGAAAAUUACAGAUGACCCCAGGACCAAGACCAUCACUGGCGACGCCCGGAAAGGUGCCUUCCAAAUACAGUUCUCCUGCCCCGAAUCGCUUCGCGCAGAGCGUUCGCGGAACGGCUGGAGACCCGAGCAAAGGUUCACGAUUGGAUAGGAAGCCAAGUGUUGGUCCGCGCAGUGCCUCUGCCCUUGGCCAAACGUCAAUGUUUGACGAGGAGCCGAUGCCCCAGCCACCAGCCACUCUGCAGCGAACACAGACCAAUGGAAGCACCAAUUCGGUAUCUUCCUACAGCUCCAAGUUCAGAGUACCGUCGCGGGCUGGGGCCGGCUCAAGGGCCGCGUCACGAGCUCAGAACGACGACGAGGUCGACCGACUCAGGGCACAACUGGACGACCGUGAAAGGCAGUUGAGGGAUCAAGCAUCUACAUUGGCGGAGAUGGAGAGCAGUUUGACCGAGCUUCAGACUCUUAUGGAGAGUUCGGAUCUGUCAGCACCCAAGCGCAACAGUCUCGACGAUAAGGACUCGAUGCAACUUCGCGCACUGGUCAGAGAAAAGAAUGAGAAGAUUGCGAUGCUCACUGCCGAGUUCGACGCACACCGAGCCGACUUCCGAAGCACCAUCGACACCCUCGAAAUGGCUAGUUCCGAAACCGAACGAGUGUACGAAAAGCGCAUCGAUGAGUUGAUGAUGGAAAUGCGUGAGCUCGAAUCGCGGACGGAUGACGUAGAUUCGGUUGCUCGUCAGUUGAAGCAGCUCGAGGAGUUGGUUCAAGAGCUCGAAGAGGGUCUCGAGGAUGCACGACGCGGUGAAGCGGAAGCAAGAGGGGAGGUCGAAUUCCUCCGCGGUGAAGUCGAGCGCACACGAACCGAGCUGCGCAGGGAGCGCGAAAAGGCGUCAGCCGGAAUGAACGGCACCACAGGUUCAAGCAACGGAGAUCGUGGCUCCGUUUCCAAGGAAUUGGAGCAGAAGGAAGAUGAGAUUCGGGGUCUUAAGGCGAUUAUCCACUCUCUCAGUCGCGAUUCUGUUCCUGGGGCCGACAAAGCUGAAGACCCCUCCGUACGCGAGAACGCAAUGGCUCGUGAAAGGUUGGAGCUCGAGUUGGCAGAGCUCAAUGAUGUCGUGAAAGACAAGAGCCGUCGUGAGGAGGAGCUUGAGCGGGAAGUGGAGAGACUUCGUAGGGGAAGCGUCACGACUCAGCUCACCGGACCUCUGGCCAACGGCGGUGCGCAGCGUUCUUCAUUGCGCGAUUCCCGAGAUACCGUUAUCUUGAUGCGCAACAGCGAGCCCCAGUCUCCCACGACGACGCACAAGCGUGUUCGUACACUGGACACGAUGCCCGAAAGUGACGCCUACUCGUCAGUCACGGACAAUAGUACUCUCUGGUGCGAAAUUUGCGAGACUGGCGGACACGACAUCCUUACUUGCACCAACAUGUUUGGCAACGAGGGUGGCAAGACCAACGGCGAUGCUGGCAAAGCCAUUAAGGAGGACCUGAAGCCCAUCCCCGCCGAAGACAAGCCGGCUCCUUUAUCGCCAAUAAAGUCCAAGCCGCUUGCUCCUCCGCCGACCGUCAAGAUCUUCCCAAACCCGAUGGAUUCCGGCCCUGUGGCUGGAAAGGAGAGCGGAAUUGUCGACGUCUCCAAGUGGUGUGCCCUGUGUGAGAGAGAUGGACACGAAAGCGUCGAUUGUCCAUUCGAAGAUGCAUUCUAGGCGGAUGGACUUUGAAUCUCGACAGCAAGCGUUGUUUUUGGUUGAGAAGAAGGGCCCGGCCACUCUGGUGUGCCUGUCUUGGCCAGUCUUUCAAUGUCAGAGUGCGGCAUAUCCCAUUUUGUGUAGGAUUCAAGGGCGGCUAGAGCGAUGGAAGUUUUUUCGUUCGUGAUAGCAUUUGUAGCGAUGAUACCACAGCUCGAUGAGAAUUGUGUUUCGCGGAGUUGGAUUCGCAUGUUGAAGUCAACCGACAGCAGGGGAUGGUGGCAUGAGGUCAUUGGCUUGUUUUGUUGACAUUCAGUUCACCCCGAGAGGUUUCUAUAAUACUAAUAGUAGUAGACCUUCAAACAUGAAUAAUGAAUCCAUUGCAGACACCCC